UAACAGAGAAGAUAGACCGUUAGCUGUUAUCCAGAGAGUGACCGACAGAAGGAAAGAGGAGCACUACCCCUCCUGCUACGAGUUGCUGAGCUGACUCGGUUCUUCUUCGUGUGAUUUUGCUGCAUUCUUUUCAAUCUUUAAUGGAGUGUUGCUCUUCAUCAUCUUCUUCAAUCCCUGUAAAGCUCGCAUCUUUAUCAUCAGGGUCAUCACUUAAUUACCGUAUGAAUAAUAAAUUGAGAGGUGAAAAAGUGAGGCUUAUCGCUUGCUGCUCUUACAAAAAAUUCAUUGAAUUUGCUUUGGAUCAAACCAAACUACACACCCAUCUCACUCCUUCUCCCUUGCAGGAGAGCUAUAAAUGUAUGACAGCCUUGGAUGGGAAAACCGAGCUUCAAAUGAUCUCCUUCCAAGCUCCAAAGAUUAGGUUGCUUCGGAGCUUCUCAUUUGAAGUGAGCGGAGUUAAUCAGGUACUAGAUUUUGCUGUUUUCCCAGAACCAGAAUUCGAUCUGCCCAUCUUCUGUGCCAACUUUUAUAGUGCUGCUAACACGAACAUAGUGGUUCUGGAUCUGAAUCCUCUGCAUGAUGUCAUCAGUAACAAGGAUUACAAGGACAAGUACUAUAAAGAACUGCUUCCCCUUGGGCUCAAGUAUGCUGAGCUUUUACCUUGGGGAGGAAAGAUUACUAGCGAGUCCUUGAGAUUUUUCUCACCAAUAGUUAUUUGGACAAAGUUUUCUUCUAGCCAGGACAAUUAUAAUGUUCUAUAUUCUGCCUUUAUGGAAUACUAUAAGGCAUGGCUUGAGCUUAUGAAUCAAGCUGAACCAGAAAUGGAUGUUUCUCGUAUCAGUUGCAAUCAGAAAGCACAGCACAGAUAUCUGACGUGGAGAGAGCAAAAGGAUCCAGGCCAUCAACUUCUAAAAAAACUAGUUGGCGAGACUAGUGCAAAGGAUUUGUUGCGGAACUUCCUCUUCCACGGGGUGAAAGAGCUAGGAAGCGACACAUUCCUUGAUUACUUUCCGGAGUACAAGAGCGAAGAUGGAAGUGUAAAUCUGAAACGCAGUAUCAUUGGUAAAUCAUAUGAAAAUCGACCUUGGGACGCGAAAGGAGAUUUUAUAGGCAUAUAAAUUUUGAUAGAUUAUGAGCAAUAUUGUUACAUUUGUAGCCUGCAGGUUGUAGCUUUCUCUGUUGUCUUCCAUAACUCAGCCUGGAUGUCUCUAUGGCACCCUUUUGGCUUGUUGGCCUUCCAUAAUUCUCUGCCUAUAAAUUGUUUUCUUCAUUCUCAGCCAAUAUUAAUAGCUUAACAAUCAUGUAUUGUAGGUGUUCAGUAUAGAGACUACACUAACAUGUUAUACAAGUGUGUAUGUGUAUAAAACUCAUAUAUUUCAAAUUCUAUCAAAGCUCUGGCGCACAAAUGUUGUGCUAGCUCUACUAGAAACAAA